CAUUCAUCACAAGUACUUCCUGGGUAGAACGGGGAAGAUGUGAAUGCCAUCUGCGUUACCCCCACAUGGUGUGAACAUUCGAAUGGUCGAACGUGAGCUGGAAUUGCUGUACCACGUCUAAUGGAUAAAGUCGAGUUUGAUUUGGAGGAGCUGAAGGCUAGCUAAUCGUCAGGUAAACAAGCCUGAUCAUGAACGUCAGUUUCUUUUGAUGUCAAAUACUCGGGCAUUACUCCAUUCGUUGGCCUGCAACCUCGGUCCUCUACGGAAAUUCGAGAUCAUAAUGGAUAUGACCAUUUUACUGAUUCAAUAUGGUGUUUUUGCGAAACUAUACCACAGGAGAAGCCAGAUCGUGUUUCAUUGCUCCUAUCUUUAAUCGCGUGGUGACCCAGUUUGGUAGUUCUGUCCAGAACAGUUCAGAGUCCAUGAACGGCAUUACAACAAGACGCAGGAUUGUAUAUCAUUUUGGGACAUCUGGCGCCCUACGGCCGUUUACGUGGAGGCCAAACUGCAAAUCGGAAGUGAUGAAGAUCGUUUGCCCUAGUGAUCGUGGAAUCUUGCGACUGGAGCAACAUGCAAGUCAAUAUUUUUAUGUCGAUCUACAGCAUGCUCUGCGACAGAAGCAGUUCUUCAUUUUUGAUGGCGGUACCAAGCCAUACAAGUUAUCGAUGGGUGCUGUUCGAGGAAGUCGCUUCCGUGUAGCGGGAGGAUUUGCACUUGAUGGUUUCUCGUCAAAACUCACUGUGCGUCCUUUCAUCCAUGGCCUAUGCCCGAUAUGCGAGACUAUGUUCAACUUGCCGUUAUUCGCAUACAUCACGAGCUUGAAGGUGUUUCAUUAUCAAUCGUCGCCUGCAUCCAGAGAUUGGAAAAGGAAGAGUUUAGAUGGCUGCGACUCGAAUCAAGCGCCCAAGUUGACUGAGGCGUUGGAAAAGUCCCAGGCUGCGGAGAUCCAGUGCAGAAGCGGUACCGAUUGUGUCGACACACUUCUGAUUGAUACCUGGGAUGACGGCGAGGUUACGGAAGUGUAACGUUCAUGGCCCUUUGCGGUAGCUGAAAAUGCCUUCAACGGUUGAGCUCGAAUUACUGAAUCGUUCUUCCGAGCUGGGUAAGCUACGAUGCAAAUGCAUCGUUGGCACGACUACUAUCAAAAUAGCGUCACGACUGAAUUGCAUGAGUCUGAGACUCGUCAUGCUCACGUCCCGGCGCCAUUGUUGACAAGCAGUCAGGGUAUUCUGACAGAGGCUGCAGCAUAUAACGGCAGGUUCCAUGUGUAUCGCGUUAAUAUUGAUCGUGUUGAGUGAAUUUCGCCAUUCCCCGAACUUCACACCGCCUCGACCCCAGACCACAUGCAGCUCACCCAUCACGCGUCAUCUUGG